CAAUUCUGCCUACUUCGUUCCCGUUGGAGAUCUUGCGGACCGUAGCGCCUCCAAUUUCUUCUGUCAGCUUACUUUCUAUGAAUUUCUAACAUUCCUAUGCAAUGACAAACUGAACAAUGACUCUUAAUUACUCAAUUCUAACAAAAAAUUGCCAUGUCAAGCGAACGACUAGAACCGUAAACACCAGAGUCUGAUGGCAUCGUAUUGUUUGUGAAUAUCAAUGGUCUUGAAACGUACGCUUUGUCCCGGGUGGCUUCAUUGUCCAACGUUUACGAUCCUGCCACCUAAUGGUAUUUUCAUGUUAUAAAGAACACCGUUUCUGAGGGCACGGUUAAUCAUCAUCGUUGUUUCUUCCGUCAUGUCAUUUAUCUACAGUUACCCUUCGAAUCACGGGUCGUCAGAAGUGCCUCCGCAAAAUCCAGCAAGAGAACAGGCCCCUCAGCCUAAUCAGGAUUUACUUAUGGCAACCUACGGACUAGAACACCCGGAUCCGCGGAAUAUCAUCCAGCUCGUCAGUCAUGGCACAUGCGACAAACCAUGUAUCCCAGAUUGCAUAGCCAAUAAAUUCACGCUCUACCAGCCUUUCUACGUAUGUAUAGAUCCAACACCUAAAACGAGCAGUUGCCAUAGCCUCAAAGCUUUCGGCCGCGUCAAGUACGCUUUCCCCAGGCCCAUGUUCGACCAUCUGCUUUAUAGAAUCGAUUUUGGGUGGGCUAGCAUGCUGCAAGUAUUGCAGGGCGACUGGUCAUGGACUCCAGAGGCGUACCCGAUUGCGUUGGUCGGGGUGGAGUGUAUCGAUGUCGUCUUUCAUGCCAGCGGCUACCUUCCCCAAUACAUACGUAUUCCCUUGAUAUGCCAACAUCGUUCAGGAAUGACGUUCUAUGAGCUGGCGUAUAGUGUUUCGGCUGGUUUUCGUGAUAUAUUUUCUCGAGAAGCGGAGAACAUCUCGCCUAGCCGGACAGCGACGAUGACGCCUAUCGUGAUGAAUGUAAACAAUCUGAGAUUAGGAUCGUUGUAUACAGAGGAUUCGUCGAAAGCGAGAUGGUGGGCUGAGAUUGUCUUGAUCGAGGUCCCUCAGUAGCUGUACGCAGACUUCUGUUAUUGUCAUGUGCCGCAAUAGUAUUAUGGUAACGCGAUAUGUCCCCGCGUUUUUUCAUGGUCGUUUCAUAAAGCUGGGGUGGAAGGUGACUUCCAUAAGUCGUCGGGGGGACAACCUGGGCUGAGAACGUGGACCGGCAGCCGGAACCAAAGUAGCCUGCCUCGCCGAGCAAG